AACACAGUGCUAAAAAUGUUUCCAUCAUGGGUUGGCCGCCGGACGGCAGUCCAUCUUCUGACGCGGUGUUUUCAACAGCAGCAGCAACUGCAGUGUCAACUCGGAGUAGUAGCAGCACGUUUUAUCCGCACGGAAACCUGUAUCGCCGGAUUACAUUCCGUAGCUGAAGGAUCAAGAAUCGGCGGUAGAAGUGAUUGGAGCAGCAGUCGCAGUUUCACAUCAGAAGCCACGGGAAGCAGUUGCAUCAAGAUGACUGGAACAGUCAAGAAGUACCACACCGUGGAACGGGGCGCACCAAAUUCCACCGACUAUCGGAUGUUCUUCAAAACCGAGGACGCCCAAUCGAUCUCGCCUAUGCAUGACAUUCCGCUGUACGCCAACGAUGCCAAAACGGUGUUCAACAUGGUUGUAGAGGUACCUCGCUGGACCAACGCCAAGAUGGAAAUCUCUCUGGCCGAUCCUCUGAACCCCAUCAAGCAGGACGUCAAGAAAGGCAAGUUACGGUUCGUGGCCAACUGCUUCCCUCACCACGGAUACAUCUGGAACUACGGAGCACUACCGCAAACGUGGGAAAAUCCGGACCAUCUGGACCCGAACACCGGUUGCAAGGGUGACAACGAUCCAAUCGAUGUGUUGGAAAUCGGCUCUCGUGUGGCCAAGCGCGGUGAGGUUGUCCAGGUUAAGAUCCUCGGAACGGUCGCCUUGAUUGACGAGGGUGAAACCGACUGGAAGAUUAUCUCAAUCGAUGUGAACGAUCCGGUCGCUGAUCAGCUGAACGACAUCAAUGAUGUGGAUAAGGUGUUUCCGGGAUUGCUCAAAGCCACGGUUGAAUGGUUCAAGAUUUACAAGAUUCCGGACGGCAAACCGGAGAACCAGUUUGCAUUCAACGGAGAGGCUAAGGAUGCUGCUUUUGCGACCAAGGUAGUUGAGGAAACCCACAAAUUCUGGGAAACAUUGAUCAAUAAGACAGUGGAAGUUAGUGGCAUCUCUUGUUUGAACACGAUGGUUGAGGGAUCUCCCUAUCUGGUGGCCGCUGAUGCUGCCGAAGAGCUGUUGACUAAGAGUUCCAAUGAAGGAAAGUCCGAGCCCCACAGCGAUGUCAUUUACAAGUGGCACUUCCGCGAAGAGAAUUCCUAUUCAAAGUUGUAGUUCUGCGUUAUCAUCUCCCCGACGAGACCACGCAUUCCCACUAAUGUACGUUGGAACAAACGAACCGCAAUUGACGUCUCCACGCUGCUUACCGUAGAAUUAUGUAAUAUUUAUUUCAUCGUGACUUUUCGGUGGAUAUGGUCUAGAAAAGGUUGAUUAUCUGUUAAUUUUAAUAGCUCGGUUUAAUUUAGUAGUGCAAGUAAAUCAACGACCUGAAUGCUUUUAUGAA